GCGUCCGACCUUGGCUUCCCGCUUCUUGCGCCGUCGAUGGGCCUGCGAUCCCAUGGAAGCCAUCCGCAUCGGGGUGCGGCUGCGGCCGCUGGUGUCCUCCGAAGCAGGGCCGUGCUGCCUGCGGACCGUAGGUGACAAUGUCAUUCUAGUGGAGACAGAUCCAGGCAAAGCUGCCAAGGAGUUCGCCUUCGACUAUGUCAUGGACAGCCGGGAUCGCUCCAGCGCGAACUUUGUGAGCCAAGAGCGAUGCUACCAGCUCAUGGCGGAGAAGAUGGUGGAGCAUGCGCUGCAGGGCUACAGCACCUGCCUCUUCUGCUACGGUCAGACGGGCACGGGCAAGACCACCACCAUCCUGGGCAGGAACAAGCCCCUGUCAGAGCAGGGGCUGCUGCUGCGGUUGGUCACUGACCUCUUUAAAGAGGUGGCGGUGCUGAGCGCGCAGUCGGAGGUCCAAUGUCGGCUGCAGAUCGUGGAGGUCCACAAUGAGCGCGUGAGGGACCUGCUAACGGAGGGCUGCUGCUCGAGCCCAGAGGUCCACGUCCACCCGAAGCUGGGAGUCUACCUGAAGCACGUGGCAGACCUCCCGGUGCCAUCGCUGGAGGCAUGUCUUCAGCUCAUCGAGGAGGCGCGGGGGCGGCAGACCAUGGCCCCCACAGCCAUGAACCCCAACAGCUCCCGGGGCCACGGGGUCUACAAGCUGAGCCUCGAGAGCCACGGCCGCGACGACAACUCCGUGAUGACCUCCGAGGUCUUCUUCGUGGAUUUGGCUGGCCGGGAGAACGAGCGCACCACCAAGGUGUCGGGGGACCGGCUGGUGGAGCUGGGGUUCAUCAACCGGAGUCUCAUGUGGCUGUCGCAGUGCAUCCACGCCCUGGGCGAGAGGCCCAGCACCGCCAGGCGUAGGUCGCGGCUGAACAGCCUGGACGUGGACCUCAAGGGGUCCGAGGCCGGCAGUCGCAGAUCCAGCUGCGCGGAUAAGACCUUGAAGAAGUUAAACGAGCCUCGGCCCAUCGAAGAGGACGUGAGAGGCAAGGCCAGUGAUGCGACCAUGGCGAGGUUCCGAAACUCGAAGCUGACCUUGCUCCUGGCGAAGGCCCUUAGCGGGAACUCCAAGACCUCGGUGAUUUGCACGUUGAGCCCGGCCAGAGCCAACGCCGACGAGACCAUCACCACCCUCCACUUCGCCGCCUCCUUGAAGCACGUGAAAGUGGAAGCGCGCCCGGCGCUGUGCGUGGACAAGGACUCCCUGAUCAGCGGCCUUCAGGCGGAGCUGUCAGAGCUGCGGGUAAAGCUUUCGUCGGACAGCUCGGCGGAGCUGAGCAGCCAGCUGGAGGUGGCCAAUGGAAUGCUCGAGAAGUACCGGGAGAGCUGGCAGCAGAAGAUCGAGGAGAACGAGCAGCUCCGCGAGCAGCGGAAUUCCGCGCUGCGGCGCCUCACGGAGGCCAAGUUCCGCGUGGGCCGCCUGCGGCACGCCGCCCCCAGCUCGGUGGACACCGUGCGCUCGUCCUCCUCGGAGCGCAAGAGCCAAGCGGAGCGCCCCGAGUGCCCACACCUUGCUGGCUACUCCGACGACCCGGGCGCAGGCCGUCUCUUCUUCCCGCUCACGGAGGUGGGCUACGAGUACUGCCUGGGCUAUGCCCCGGAAUGCCACUUCACCCUGGCGCGGAACGUGGGCAUCGCCCCGCGGAGCGCCUUCGUUUGGGUGGACGCUACCAGCCGUAUCUUCCUGCGGACGGAGGCACAGGCGGCGGUGGAGGUGAACCACCUGAGGCUGGAGCCAGGCGAGCCCAAGGAGCUUUUCCAUGGGGACUUCCUGGUUCUGGGCAGCUCCAUUUGCUUCUUCGUGAGCUCCAUGGUGUCUGGAAAUGCAGACUUGCGUGUGCAGAAGCUGCCGACCUGGUGGUCCCUGGGCCCCACGGAGCGCGCCCAGCUGGUGCGCCAGGUGCUGGGCAGCUGUGCGCCCGGCGCGCACCAGGUGGCCUUGCACUACAUGUCCACCUUGCAGGGCCAGAACCUGGACAGCCGCAGCUUCCAGAGGCUGGACAAGUUCCUGCUGGCCGCCAAGCGAACUGCUUUCCUGGUGGCCGAGGCCAAUGCACUCACGGACGCCCUGAAGCCUCUGUCCAACUUGAAGCUGGAGUUGUCCUCGCUGGCGCCGGUGAUGGUCUACGGGUACGGUGACAACUUCGGCGUGCCCGACCUCUGUGUUCGCCUCAUCAGGAUGGCCGUGGAGGCGGAGGUGGUGGCGAUCUGGUCCCUGGCGCAGUUUGAGGUGCGGCUGCAGACCAUGAGGCAACUGCACGAAAAGCGGCUCCACAGCCCUGAUCGCUUCGCCCUGGACACGAGGCUCGAUCCCUGGGGCGAGCUGGUCAUGCCGACCACUCCGAGCCGCAGGCUCCGAGACUCGCGCCCCGACAUUUGCGCGGAAGUCUCGAAUGCGGGCGCUGAGACCUCGAGCCUGGCGCAGGAUGCCGAGAGGCUGCUGCUGAAGAUGGACAAUUUGCUGGCGCAGCAGACUGGCAACCAGCAAGCAGGAGACGGAAAGUUGAAAGGCGCGAGGCAAGCGGUCUCAGCUUGCUCUCGAGGAGAUUCUCCUGGCAUCCGUGGGCGUCAGGCCAAAGAGAUGUCGCCCAGCGACCAGCUUGCCGAUGCAUCGACCAGCUUUUCUUCCGCAGGCCUCACCUCGGACUUCACCAACUCCCCGGGCGAGGCUGAGGCCGAGUAUUCGACCUUCAGCGCAGUCGAUUGGCAGGAGGCUUCCCCGAGCUUCGCCCGCUUCGCCCGCUCUGGGCAAAAGGCACGCUCGCUGGAGAGGGCAAGGAGGGACUGGAGACCUAAGGGCUUUGCAAACCACGCAGAGGCCCAGUGGCCUGGCAUCCACUCCGUGCCUGUGCCCGGCUGCUUGGGCUGGAGCUCCGUACCGGUUUCUGGCGAGAUCUUUGAGUUGCCCACUGGAUUCCAGGCAUCCUCUGUGCAAAGCACGCCUGGCUAUCCGGUGGAUCGCGUAAAUGCGAAGGAGGUUGACAUUGAGAUGCCAUCACCUCGGAAUCCAUUUGAACAUCCCGGGCUGCCGACGCACUGUCGUUGGACGCUUCCGGCGCGACAUGCCGCACCCGACCGCACGGCCGGGCUGGCGGUUUUUCCACCGGAGCGCGACCAGGUGAAGUCCAGGUGGCACACCAUCAUUGGUUCUGUGCAGAUGGGGUAGUCGUGUAGCUUCCUGGCCGUGUCACAUGGGUGAACUUCAUG